AUUUGAACAUUUCAAUUUGGGUUUUGGUUUUUUUUGGAUAAUCUGAUUGUGCUUGUAAAGAGAGAAAGAAUAGCAACAAAAAAUGGUGUUGGGGAAGAAAUGUGAGUCAAUUGUGAAUAGAGCAAAUGAAGGGUAUGGGGUGGGACUGGUGAGGAGUACAUCGUUUGGGAGGAAAAGGGUUGCUUUGUCUAAUAUUAAUUUGGAGUUUGAUGGUCAUAAUGUUUAUAAUCUCACCACACUGACAAAGAGACAGUGCUAUGAAAAUUCAAUUCUCUGUUCAGACAAGUAUGUUCUUGAAGCCCUGCCUCAGGACGUUCUGAUUAGGAUAUUGUGUGGUGUCGAGCAUGAUGAUUUGAAGAGGUUGGUUUUAGUAUCAAAAUCAAUAAGAGAUGCAACUCUGAACCUUGCGUAUAGUACUCCAAGGAAGACCGUUGGGUUCCAGAACGUGGAGGACAUGCGUGAGUUCAAUGACAUUAAGGAUCCUAAUGCUCCAAAGCAGUCUAGGGUUCCAAGGUGUCGAUUGAGUUCAAAGAAACUAGCUGCCAUCUCAGUGGCCUUGUUCGCUUCUGGUAGCGAAGACAAUUAGCCACGAAAAGAAUUAAUGGCAAUGGAAACAGAGAGAUGAAAUUGAGGGUUAUGUAUAGUAUAGGCAUGCAAUGUUAUAGUUGUUGCAGAAAUAGUACAUCACCCCUCUGUUUUGAUAAAGAUCUUCUGAUUUAUUUGAAUGAAUCUAAUAACAUAUUCCUCUAUAGCUUGGAAGUUCAAAUGUCUUAA